AUGUCUCCCAGACGAACCAACUACGCAGCGGUGCCAACAUUCAGCCGCCCGGGGCGCGAGGCCGUCGUGUACGAUCUCUCGGUCCCAGGCCAGGCCACAAUUACGCUGCCGGUGGGCUCGGCGUGGUCGUCGGGCCCGCACUGGCACGAGUCGCAUACCGAGUUUCUGCAGGUACUCAGUGGCGCAGCCGAGGUCACGCUGGCGGGUACAGUGCUGCCGGCGGUCACGGCACAGGACGGUGUCGUCACGGUGCCGAGGGGAGCGGUGCAUGAGUGGAGGCGGAGUAGUCAGCGCACGGCUGGGGACGAGGAGGAAUUGGUGGUUCGGGAGUGGACGGAUCCUCGGGAUGGAGACAAGGAGGUUUUCUUUCGGAAUUUAAAUGGCAUGAUUUUGGAUUUUGUCAAAAGCAGAAGAGAGAUUACUGGAGAGUCUGGCGGAGGAAAGAAGAAAGUGUCAUGGUUUGAGUUGUACGGCGGGGAGUGGAUGCUGGAGAAUGAGUUAAGGUGUCUCUUUUGGAAAUGUGAUAACUGGCCGGUCCUUCUACGUCAGGACUCUUGGUGGCCGGAUUGGGCGCAAUGGGUCGUGACGAAGACAGUUCUGGGCGCGAGUCUGGUUGUGGGAAAGUGUGUUGGGAGAGGAGGAGUGUAUAGCGAGUAUAGUCACUUGUCUGAGCAGAAAUAA